AUUAUUUGUCAAUCAAUGAAAUAGAUCCUUAAUUUUGAUUGGUCACUUUAAUGUAUUAACCUAAAUUCAUUUGCAGUAAUAAUACAAUGUGACCUUUAAACACUUCAUUAAUAAUCAACAACAACAACAACAACAAAAUGUAGUGAAAGGAUAUUCACAUAAAACCAUUCAUAUUUCGGAAAUUACCCUAUUCAUCUCUUUAUUAUUAUUAUUGUAGUAAUUGUAGUAAAUUACAUUAACAGUAAUGAUCAUGAAAGAUAAACCAGAAAAUUCUAAUGAAAAUUCAUUAAAUAAUAAUAAUAAUACUGAUGAUGAUCAGAGGAUACAUAGACAUUAUCCCUAUAAAACUAUUAAUUGUCAAGUGGAUCGACAUCAUGGAUGGUAUACCGAAAUGAUUCCUGUAGAUAAACAAUAUCAUCAUUAUAAAAAACAUCCAUGUGAUUAUAUUGUACAAACUAAUUACAUAACAACUAAAACCAAUGAUCCAACUAAUCAAUCAAUGAAUAAUUCAGUACAAGAUAAUGCAGUUAAUUCAACUGAAAAAUCUAAGUUAUUCUCAAUGAUCAAUUUAUCAAAUUCUAAAAUAUUAAAAUCAUGUAAAACUGAAAAAAUUCGUAUAAAUGUAAUCUUAAGAUUACGUAGUAUAUGGUCACGUUCAUCAUUGAAAUCUCAACGAAUUGAAUCGAAACAUAUUCAUAAGUCAUUUAUAAAUUAUGAUCAUAAUCAUCAUCAUCAUCCUCAUCAUUAUAAUCCUCGUCAUCAUCAUCAUUAUCAUCGUCAUCAUCAUCCGCAGCAGCAGCAGCAGCAGUAUCAUCAUCAUCAUCAACAUCAACAAAAUAGUCCAUGUCAACAAUUAGAUAAAAAAGAUAAUAAUGAUAAAUUGAUAAAACAAUAUAAUACCACUCAAUCCAUGAAUGAUCCAUUGAAUAAUCCAUUAACAGUAGAAAGAUUAAGUACAAGACAACCUAAUGAUAAUAUAAAAAUAUUAUUAUCUAGAAAAUAUCAUUCUGAAAAUUGUUUAUUUCAUCCUUAUAAUAUGCAUAAUUAUAUACAUAAAUGUUCACAUAUUCAUUAUCAUUCUUAUUAUAAUCCAUGUUCAAAUUUAAUUCAUAAUCAAAUAAGGAAUGAUAUCAAUAAACUUUCAUAUCAAUUAUCUAAUAUAAAAUUACAAUCAUCAUAUAUUAAACAUUCUUUAACAACAGGUAAUAUAUGUUGUUUAUAUACAUUGAAUUGUGUACCAUCACUUGAAUGUAUAGCUCAACCAAUAUCAUCAUCAUCAUCAUCAACAACAACAACAACAACAACAGAGUCAUUGUCAUCAUCAACAUCAGCAUCUUCAUCAUUAUCAUAUCGACAACAUCAAUUCAAUCAAAGAGAUUAUAGAUGUUCCAGUUUACCAAGUACAUCAAUUAUGUUAAAUCCAAGAAAUAAAUGGAAAUUAAUAUCACCAUUUGAAAAACUUAAAUAUCAUCCAUUUUAUAAAGAUACACAAUGUCAUUUAGGUAAAUGGAUCCAACAAACAUUAACAAAUAAUGAGAUUGAUAAUAAAGAUCAAAAUAAUAAUAAUAAUGAUAAUAAUAUUAGUUAUGAGAAUGAAUUAGACAAUGAAAACACGAUCAAGAAUCCUUCUAAUAAUCAAUUUAUUGAUAUUACAAAUUAUUUAAAUUAUAAUAGAUUAUCAGAUACUUUCAAACAUGUACAUUUUGCUGAUGAAUCUAUACAUUCAUCAUUAACAACAUUAAAUUCAUUAUCAAGAUCAUCAUCAUUAUGUUCAUCAAAUUAUACUAAUGGUUCAUCAUCACCUAAAACAUCAUAUUCAUCAAAUCAAUCUCCUAUAGAGAAUAUAAUAAUCAAUGAUAAAUAUACAGGGAAACAUACAUUUUCUAAAGAAAUUCAUUUUAAUCAUUUAGAUUAUCAAAAGAAAUAUUCAUUGAAACGUACUAGAUCUAGUCAUAAAAUGAAUUCAAAUAAAACACCAUUAGUAACAGUGAAUUUAUUUCAUACUGAUGGAGAAUUACCAGAAUUACCUUUACGUGUAGUUAAUCGAUUGGAAACAGAAAAAAAAUGGGAACCAACAUUUCCAAAUCCAAAUCAAUGUGCUAAUUUUAAUCAACGUCUUAUAGAACAAAAAGUAUGUCUUUCACAAUUUCAUUCACAAAAUUUAUAUUCAUUUAAUGUACAAGUAAAAACAAUUAGUGAUAUACAAACAAAUUAUUUAGAUAUAACAAAAGAAGUAAAAUUACGUUAUACAUUAGAUAAUUGGAAAACUUAUACAGAAUGUCCAUCAUUAAUACGUAUGGAUCAAUUAAGUCAUCAUUUAUUAACUACUACUAAUAAUAAUAAUAGUAAUACAUAUCAAUGGAUAGAAACAAAUGAAUCUGAAAUUAUUUUAUCAACAAUUCCAUUAGAUACUAAAUUUUAUCAAUUAGAAUUUGCUGUAGUUUAUAGAGGUAAUAAUUUUGAAUAUUGGGAUAAUAAUAAUUCACAAAAUUAUGUAUGUUAUUCAAGUUCUUGAUAUUAUUGAUUGUUUUUAUUGUAAUUUUAAUAUAUUGUAAUUAUUAUAUUUGUUUCAUUUGUCACACUCACUCCUCCCUCUCUUUUUCUCUCCCACUCUCCCUUUUUCCCUUUAUUUCCCCCACCCCACCCCACCCCCUUCGGUGUUUUCAAUUUAUAUGUAAUUCAGAUUUGUAGCCAAUUACUGAGUGAAACAAUAAAUGAUCAAUGUAUUUUAGUUCAAUAAUAUAAUUUAUAUUUUUACGAAUAUAAUUGAUCUUUAAUAAUAUAUAUAUAUACAUUGUAAUCAACGAAUGGAAUUCAUUAGUUCAACACAUGAUUGAAGCUACAUUUAUUGACUCUUUCAAAAGAAAGUUGGAUUAACUGAAAGACUAUCAUUGACAGGCCAUUAAGCCUUCUAUCCUUUCCAAAAUUGAAAUUGAGACUAAUCUUUAUAACCAGUAAUUUUUUGUUAAAUGUUAAACAGUUGAAAACAAUAAUAUACUUUCAAUAAACUAUUCAGUUAAAACAAAACAUUGACCUUUGAAUAUUCAUCAUUUGAAUAAAAAGAGUUUAUUUUAUUAUUUUUUAUAAAUACAAAACCAACUAUUAAAAUAUAAAUCUAUUUUUAUUGUA